CUCUCUUUUCUCUCUCUCUCUCUCUCUCAGUGUGUAAGUGUGUGUUGAGAGAUGGGUGUUAGUCAGUAAUUCUCUCUGAGUGCUGUAACUGUGUUUUUUAAAGUGUAUAUAGUGUUUUUUUCCUGAGUAAGUGUAGUAAAUGCUGUAUGGACUGUAGACUGUAUAUCCGGAGCUCCGCGAGUCUGCGCUGCUUUUCUGACUGACUGAAGAAGCACCUGAGAGAGAGCUGAGCUUCAGCACAGAGCAUCAAUACGGGAGAAAACGAGAGACAGUCUGCUACAGGACAGAAGACUGACUUGGAUCUGUCUGGAUUUGUCAAAGGGAAUAAGCACAAUUGGAGAAGCUGACAUGUGGAAUAAGCAGACCAAAACAAGAGGAAGUCAUUAGGAGCUGACUCUGAGUAAGCACAUGGAACAUGUGUGUGGAAUCAUGGCUUUGAUACUGCUUUGGUUUGUAGUUUAAUCAGGUAUGAACCACAUAAACGCAGAAUAAGCAGCUCUCAGACCACCCAGAGAGAGCAUUUACCCCAGAUCACACAUGGCCUCCUGAAGCACUGGCAGAUGCAGAGAACUGUUACAGACUAACAUGGCCAAUCCUGGGACGGCUCCAUCGCACUGUACCAUUUCCUUUAACCAGAGCCAUUUCAGAUCCAACUAUUCAGCACUGGGAUCAAUGGACCACUGCCCAGCUAAAGGGAAGAACUGGCCUGCGUUAAUCAUUCUGGUCUUCAUCUUCUUCACCGUUGGUGGGAAUAUCUUGGUGAUACUGGCAGUGUCCCUGGAGAAAAAGCUGCAGAACGCCACCAACUUCUUCCUGCGCUCGCUGGCUGUGGCAGACAUGCUUGUGGGCGUCCUGGUCAUGCCAGCUUCUUUGCUCAACAUACUGAAUAAUUACUCCUGGCCCCUUCCUCAGGUGCUGUGCCCUAUGUGGAUCUUCCUGGAUGUGCUCUUCUCCACAGCUUCCAUCAUGCACUUGUGUGCCAUCUCUUUGGAUCGCUACAUUGGCAUCCGCAACCCCAUCCAACACAGCCGUUCCAACUCCUCCUGCAGGGCCAUGGCCAAGAUCACAGUAGUCUGGACCAUUUCCAUGGUUGUCUCUUUGCCUAUCCCAGUGAUUGGUUUGCAGGAUGAGCAGAAGGUGUUUGUGAAUGGCACCUGCCAGCUGAACGAGCCACACUUUGUGCUGGUGGGCUCUUUCGUGGCUUUCUUUGUCCCGCUCCUCAUCAUGGUGGUCUGUUACUGCUUGACCGUGAAGGUCCUUCAGCAGCACACGGCUGCUUUCUCCCAGGACCGUGGUAGCUAUGUUAAUGUUAACCCCAAGCAACCUUCGCCUCAACCCAGUGUCAGCGGCAUCAGCCUCUUGAACGAGGAGCCUUCCACCAACCAGAGUAAAGGCGCUGCCCAGCCCCUCAGCCUCUCUCCACUGACGGGCCAUGAGGGCCCACCUCAGCGGGGACAAGGUAGACGAGGCAUGACGCAGGCCAUCAAGAAUGAGCGUAGGGCAUCUAAGGUCUUGGGUGUUGUCUUCUUUCUCUUCCUAGUGAUGUGGUGUCCGUUCUUCAUCACCAACGUGGUGGUCGCUGUCUGCCAGAACAACUGCAGCAACCUGUUCAGGCUGUUGGAGGUCUUUGUGUGGGUGGGCUAUGUCUCGUCUGGAGUCAACCCUCUGGUCUAUACUCUAUUCAACAAGACUUACCGCCAUGCCUUCUCCCGCCAUCUACAAUGCAGGUAUCACAAAAGGACCAAGCCUUUUCUGGUCACUCCGGCCUGCCAGGUUUAUUCGGUUACGCCGACCCCAGUCGUGUGCGAGAGCAGCUUCACGGACACUAACGGGAAUGGCUUGCCAGCAUACAUAAAGGGUUUUAACGUAAAUCAGGUCCAUAAACAACCAGAAGAGAUGCCCAAAGACAGUAUUAGUAGCCUUCACAGCCCUACAGAACACAUCAGUAGUGUCUGAUUGAUGGAACCAUCGCUCACAGGACUGGGAGUCUACCUUGUUAUUGUGUCUAGUUUAACCAGUGUAUUUUUCCUGCUCUUCUUCUAAUUGCUGGCAGAUGUACAUCCAUAAACAAAGAGAUUGAUACAAUGACAUACCAAAGGUUGUUGUAAGAUGUGAUAUCUUGUGAGUGAGGUUGAACACAGGCCAGCAUGCUCAUUAGGGCUGCAACUAAUGAUUAUUUUAGUAGUCCACUAAUCUGAUCAUUAUUUUUUCGAUUAGUCAACAAUUAUUUCUCCCAUGUCCUCCAUCUCUAGAAACAAUAGAAACAUCUAAACAUUGGAUUUAAAAUCAUUUUAAAUGUCUAGAUGUUUAAACAUGGAAAGUACUGAUAUUUAAUUAGUAAAUAUGAAAUCAGUUGUGUUUGGCCACUUUUGGAGACAGAGUAAGUUGAGUAUAAACUGUGUAAGUGAGCUAUUUACCCAUCUCCCAUUGUGUUUCUGUCCCCAACACUUUGUGUUAUGUGGUACCGUUACAACUUAGCUAUUAGUUGACAAUGAAAUUUCUCGUCGACAAAUUUAAUUAAUCAACAUUGACGAUUAUAUCGUCUAAUUUUUGCAGCCCUAAUGCUCAUGGCAAGCCAAUGAGGAGCAUUAGAGUUUGAGUGAUGAGGCCUGAUAGUGGGUUUCAGAUGAAUGGGACAUUUAUUUUUUCAAAGUUGUGCAGGAAUUUAACAUUCUUCGAUCCACAGUGGGCAGAGCAGAGAGUGAGAGAAAAGGACCCUGACCAAAAGUGUUCGGUUAGGAUUGUCCACAAACAGGCAAACAGACAAGCACAUCCUGUCCCAUAACUUUUGCAAUCUCAGAGUAAUUAGUAAUGGCAAAUUCCUGUACGGUAAUUCACACCAGAAAGCCAGAAGUACUCCAUGAACUGACUUUGAUCUAAUGUUCAUUAUAAUGGAAAAGCUUCUAGCAAUGUAUGAAUGAGGAGGUCUGGGAAGUAUCAGAAGUACGGGAUGGUUUCUAUCCUGAAUUAGAAGGCAACGGUCUUUUGUAGUGUCAUAGCACCACCAUGUGGAAAAUUUUAAGGUUUACAAUGAUGUCAAAAGAAGCUGAGUGUAUUUAUUUUUAUGUUUAGCAAUCAUGACAGUCUAUACUUUCAGUAGAUUCAUUUUUGGAUUUGUUUAUGGGGUGUGUCUUAUUGAACCAAUGCUGUCACAGUUGAGCACAUUUAUUAUGUGUGUUUAUAAAGUGCAGUGAAAGAAGGUCAGAGGCCACCUUCCAUUUGUUUUAUUUCAAAUCAAUCCUGUCAUUACAUCCAAGUCAGGAAGUAUUUUCUAAGCGUAUCAGAUCUUGCUUAUGGUCUGCAUUACAUAUGAAAACAUCCACAGGUGAGUCUGUCCAUCUUUUCACUGUCAGGAGAUGUCAGGAAUGCUGUGGGCCUGAAAGAUGAUCAAGAAGCAUCAGAAAAAAGAACAUUUGCAGAUGUGCACAAAUGCACACUCAUAGAGCAAUGGAAAAAAACUCAAAUUUUCAGAUCUCAGCAUCAUUAAAUAUGUUUUGGCAUGGCUUGGAGGAUUGAACUUAAAAGCAACGCUCCUGAAAAGAAGAGAAACUGGAACGAAAGUAAACAGAGGAGAUUAUGAAUAUUGAAACACCUGGUAUUACAUUUCAUUGUGUACAUUUCUGGUAAAUUCAUAUUGUUGAGAGAAAUUUAAGCUACAUUGUUCUGCCCAUCUCAACCUCAGUGACUGUUAAGGAACAUGAACCACAGAGGGACAUGGGCUACUGUGAAGACUGUGUGUGUGUGCGUGUGUGUGUGAGCCUUGAAUAGCUGUUGCUUUGUAUCUGAGAUAAAAAAACAUUCUAAUUUA